AUGGCAACAGCACUAGAGAAGGACUCGGUUGCUCAGCAACUGGAGCACGGCUCUGCAUGCAGUCAUUAUGACACUCAUCAUGAUGAACUUGCCGCCCGUGGCUUCGCCGCAGAUUCACAAGAUUUUCCAAAGGGAUAUUUCACCAGUGCCUACUUCCUUGGGUCCAUGAUUGCAGUCGGAUUCAAUUUAAUGGCGUCUACUGGUGGUUUCGCACUUGUUGCUCCAAUCCUCAACCAAAUCAAUGCUGCGGUUGGCCCCAGCGAAAGCAUCACUUGGCUCUCACUCGUUUACACCAUUUGUCUUGCUGUUGGUCUGCUUACUGUCGGUUCUUUGUCUGAUAUCUUUGGGCGCCGAUGGUUCUUUAUUGGAGGUACUGCUCUUGGUGUCAUUGGCUGCAUUGUGUCUGCUACUGGUGACAGUGUACCUAUACUCGUUGGGGGUGAGACACUCAUUGGACUCUCGGCUUGCACCGGAUACUCUUACGCUUUUGUGUCUGGUGAACUUGUUCCCGUCAAGUAUCGAUUCUUGGCUAAUGCGAUCAUCUUUAUAUUCUCACUGCCCACGGCUGGUUUUGGUGCAGCCGUGUCCACUGCCUUCAUUCUAUACACCGAAGCGAGUUGGAGAUGGGUCUACUAUUUUUUGUUGAUCCUUAACGCAGUAACUUGCGCCUUGUACUUCUUCUUUUAUCAACCUCCGACCUUGCAGGAUAAGCAUGGAAAGGGGCACGCAUGGGGGCUUAUUAAAAAUUUUGAUUACGUUGGCCUCAUUCUAUUUAUAGCAGGCCUAGUUCUUUUUAUACUUGGCCUAUCUUCUGGAGGAUCGCUUUACCCGUGGAAAGAUGUACACACUGUUUCCUGGAUUGUGAUCGGUUGUUUGCUUAUUGUUGCCUUGCUUCUCUGGGAAACGUACGCGCCACUUAAGGAACCUCUUUUGCCAAUGCAUUUCUUUAGAAAUGGGGGUUAUAUGUUUUCUGCGCUGUCGCUAGGUCUUGGUGCAAGCACGUACUACUCACAAGCAAUCGUAUUUCCUGGGCUUAUUUCAACCGUAUACGCAAAUGGACGUCUAAUGUGGGCUGGAUGGGCCAGCUGUUUAGUCGGAAUAGCCGUUACGAUUGGUGAGAUGAUCGGCGGAGGUUUAGCAGAGAGGCUUGGAAAACUCAAGUACCAGUGCAUUGCUGUAAUGACUGCUGCUACACUUUUUCUUGGGCUUAUGGGUUUUUCCACUAUCACCAGCUCUGGACUUGCCAUGGGUCUCGUGUUCAUGGGAACGUUCUUUGUCGGCUGGAACGAAGCUCUUGUCCUCCCUAUCUGUUCGAUUGUGGUCCCUAAUCAAAAGGAAAUCGGCCGUGCCAUCGGAGCCGCUGGUAGCAUGAGAUCUGUAGUCUCUACUGUCGCGUCUACUAUCUAUUCUGUCGUUCUUACCAAUCGUCUAACAUCAACAAUCAGAGAUGAUGUCCCCCAAGCUUUGCUCAAAGCGGGACUUCCAGCUUCCUCUGUAAACCAAUACAUGGCCAAAGUUGCAGGGGGCUCAAAAGACUUCUCCGGCAUUGCAGGCGUCACGGAAGAGGUCGAAGUUGCUGGUUCUCUUGCUUAUCGUCAUGCAUAUCUGGACGCUUACCACACAAUCUUUUAUGUUUCUAUUGCUUUCAGUUCUUUGGCAGCUAUUUGUAACAUUCUUGUGCCAAAUAUAGAUCACCUUAUGAGCAACGCAGUCGCGGCCAAGCUUCAUGAAGGAAGGAAAACGGACGGAGUGAGAAGGAAAGAGGACAUCGAAAGAGGCGCAAAUUGA